AUGGCUGUACCGAUCCCCCCUCCAGCUCCUCCUCCACCGAGAUUUCCCUCACCCCAAACCACUGUAGCUGCCAACGCACCUUCCUUGGCCGAGGAAAUAGGCUAUUUGGUGGAGCCGUUAUGUAACCGUGCCAAUGAACAAGACAAGAGUGUUUACUCUUUGGUCCACGAUGUGAACCCCGUCCUGCAACAGGGACCAAUGUGUGGACUCGUUGCUCUGAGCAUUGCCUCCCAACUGCUGACUGGAGUAGCAUAUCCACCUCAUAAGCUUCUCUCCAGUGCCAGAGGGAGAGGCUACUCUGUGAACGGGGAAAUGUUUUCCGCACAGCAUCUUCUAGACCUGGCUAUAUCUGAAUUGCAAUGCACAGGCACCCUGGUUAACACAUCUACAGUAAACACGGGUGAUAUACUGACGGCGAUAGCAGAGCGGAGUGCACUGGUUGUACCGUAUGAUGCAGAUAAGGACCACUCUCCCUGUCUGGCCAGGGGACACAGAGCCCACUGGGCCACACUUGUUGGCUUUGCCAUACUAGCCAAAUCUCCUCCCUCAGUAACCCCUCGCACUCACAUCGAGCUAUCACCAGUUGAGUUCAAGAUUGAACCAUUCCAAGAACUAAAGAGUGAUGAGGUGUAUGUGUUUGCCAGACAGGGGAAGAGUCGGCAUUUGGGGUUGUGGGGCCUGCCUGGCCUUCUUGAGAGCAAUGCAAACCUCAUGGAUGCUGGGGAUCGUCGCAGCCCCACUCACUAUGUCAUUCCUAGUCACGGUCUCUGCCAAUCACUUGCCUCUCUUAUACUUCAUCUGAUCACCUACUAA